AACUAAAAAAGUUGCACACGCUCGCUCACAGGGACUCGCAGUCGCAGAGAGAGUAGAAUACCAGAAGAAGUUGAGAAAUGGCAGCGAUAACUCGAUUGCAGCAAAUGCAACUCCCCCACUCUCCUCUCACGGUCAAGCCUUCCAUACUGUUCCCCAACCCCAACCAGCUCCGCCGCUCACGUCCCCGCACUUUCUCCACCGGUCCUAUCCUCUGCUCCUCCAACUCCCCUCAUCUCCCUCAGAGCUCGGUUUCUGCGGCGGGAGCGAAUACCUCAAUCGUUGGGGAUCUGCUCGACUACCUCAACGAGUCUUGGACUCACUUUCAUGCUACCGCUGAAGCGAAAAGACAACUAAUUGCUGCUGGUUUUCAUUUGCUGAGUGAGAAUGAUGAGUGGAACCUGAAGCCUGGUGGCCGCUACUUCUUUACACGGAAUAUGUCUUGUUUGGUUGCGUUUGCUGUUGGAGAGAAGUGUAGUGUUGGUAGUGGUUUCCAUGUGAUUGCUGCACACACAGACAGUCCGUGUCUAAAAUUAAAGCCAAGAUCUGCAUCAUCCAAGUCUGGUUAUCAAAUGAUCAAUGUGCAGACAUAUGGAGGUGGUCUCUGGCAUACUUGGUUUGAUAGAGACCUAAGUGUGGCAGGCAGGGUGAUAUUGAGAGGCAGUAAGGGCUCCUUUUUGCAUAAGCUUGUCAAAGUGAAGCGACCUCUGUUACGAAUACCGACCCUGGCCAUUCACCUUGACCGCACAGUAAACAAGGAUGGAUUUAAACCGAAUAUAGAGACUCAACUUAUUCCUUUACUGGCAUCCAAACUAGAUGAAGCAUCUCUGGAGACAAAAGAGAAAAGUACCACAGCAUCUUCAAAAGCUGAUCAUCAUCCUUUGCUCAUGCAGGUUUUAUCAGAUGAGCUCAAUUGUAACAUAGAUGACAUAGUGAGUAUUGAGUUGAAUAUUUGUGAUACCCAACCGAGCUGCCUUGGAGGUGGAAACGAUGAAUUUAUUUUUUCAGGAAGGUUGGAUAAUCUGGCCUCGAGUUACUGUGUGUUAAGGGCUCUCAUUGAUUCAUGUGAAUCACCUGGUGGUAUAUCAAGUGAACAUGCUGUACGGAUGGUUGCUUUAUUUGACAAUGAAGAGGUUGGUUCAGGUUCAAUUCAGGGGGCUGGUGCACCAACGAUGUUUCAGGCUAUGAGACGUAUAAUUAGUUGCUUAGCUGAAAAAUAUGUUGGUGAAUGUGCUUUUGAGCGUGCAAUUCGCCAAUCAUUUCUUGUGUCUGCAGACAUGGCUCAUGGAGUACACCCAAAUUUCAUGGACAAGCAUGAAGAACACCAUCGUCCUGAAAUGCAAAAAGGUCUAGUUAUCAAGCAUAAUGCAAACCAGCGCUAUGCUACUAGUGGGGUCACAUCUUUUAUUUUCAAGGAAAUUGGCAAAAUCCAUAACCUUCCAACUCAGGAAUUUGUGGUGAGAAACGAUAUGGGAUGUGGAUCUACCAUAGGUCCCAUACUAGCUUCAGGGGCUGGCAUUCGUACUGUCGAUUGUGGCAUUCCUCAGCUUUCUAUGCACAGUGUGAGAGAGAUUUGCGGGAAGGAAGAUAUCGAUAUUGCAUACAAAUACUUCAAGGCAUUCUACCAAACUUUCUCAAGCAUAGACAGGAAGCUGGAUGUAGAUUCGUAACAAAAACUGCAACAGUUGGAGGGGGGGAUUAUUUCUGCUAGGCAAAUGUGUGCCUGGCUAACCCUUAUUGCAACUGAUGGAUCCGAGGAAGCAGAGGCAUUUGGGCUUGGUUUUGAGUUGCCUCUAGAGAGUUUCUGCUUGAGCUCCGAACAAAGCCUGAUUCUCUUUGUUGGAUUAUGCCAGUUUUGCAAGUACAUGUGCAAGUUGAGCUUCUCCAUACCGAUUUGCUCCCGUUGUCCCUGAAACAAUGAAACAGAUCGUUAAUGUCAAGUAUUUAUGAUAGGCAAAUGACACUACUUUUCGGUUUCU